AUGGCUACCGCACACAGCCAGUCCUCGACCCCGAGGCGGUCACGAGAGUCUGAGAGGAUAGGUGCCUUCCAGCGUCAAGAGGAAAUCGGCCGCGGCAGCUUCGCAACCGUCUACAAGGCAAUUCAUACGAAUGUUCAAUCCAUUGUCGCUAUCAAAUCCGUCAAUCUGGUCAAGCUGAACAAGAAGCUUCGGGACAACCUUACCUCCGAGAUAUCCAUCCUCAAAGGCCUCCAUCAUCCGCAUAUCGUCGCACUGAUUGACUGCAAAGAGACCUCCUCCCAUAUCCAUUUGGUAAUGGAAUAUGUCGCCCUAGGCGAUCUAUCUCAGUUCAUCAAGAAGCGGGAUACUAUUAGGCACAGCGAACUGCUCGGAAAUAUGAUGGAAAAAUACCCCAAUCCUCGGGUGGGAGGUCUGCAUGAGGUUGUGGUUCGCCACUUUCUGCAACAGCUCGCCAGCGCUCUACAAUUCCUCCGGGCGAGGAAUCUCAUUCAUCGCGACGUCAAGCCACAGAACCUCCUCCUAAAUCCGUCGCCCAUGUACUUUCAGAAGCGAAAGCCUCAGGUCAUGCCAUACUGCGCCAGCGAAACUGCCCUCAUUCCAGUCUGUGGUAUACCGUCCCUGCCUAUGCUGAAGAUCGCCGACUUCGGCUUCGCUCGAGCUCUGCCUCCUACUUCCCUCGCCGAGACCUUAUGCGGUUCUCCCCUCUACAUGGCCCCCGAGAUUCUGCGUUACGAAAAGUAUGACGCCAAAGCUGAUCUCUGGUCGGUCGGAACGGUCCUAUAUGAGAUGGUCACUUCCAAGCCGCCCUUCAGAGCUGCAAAUCAUGUCGAUCUGCUACGACGCAUUGAGAAGGGCGAGGAUCGCAUCAAGUUUCCAGAAGAUGUUGUUAUCUCCGAUCCCAUGAAAAGACUGAUCAGACUGUUGCUCAAGAGAGACCCCCGCGAACGUGUCUCAUUCCCAGACUUCUUUGGUCAUGAAGUGGUGGUCGGCGAGAUCCCGGGCCUUGCCACGGAAGAUAUGCAGCAGCCAGAACCGGCUUCUGAGCCAGCUCCCGAUAGGCGCCGCUCAAGUCGUACAGAUCCUGCGGGACUUGCUCGACCUGGCGUACGCCGCGAUGCCGAGAGCCCCUACCAGGACCAUAUUCGAGCUGCGUCAGAAGAGGCCAUCGGCCAGGACCCGCCUCCACGGCGGGCGUCCCACAUUUCUCGCCAGCCAAGUACCUCCACCCGUACCCAGGUUGAGCGUAGACCUAGCAAUGAUCGCCCGUCUAGCCCGAACGAAGCCAGACCUAAGUUGGCCUCACACGUCACUGCUCCAGGUCGACAGGAGUUACAGCAAAAUAACCCACCCCCAGCUUCAGCAGCAAUGGCACGCCAGGGCAGUGGUAGUGGCCGCCCACCGUCGUCCUUGCGUAAUGAACUGCUAGACGAAGAGCAGGCUCGUCUGCGGCAACAGGAGAAAGAUGAAGAACGCGUCGCGCAAGAUAUUGCCUUUGAGCGCGACUACGUUGUCGUGGAAAAGAAGCAGAUUGAGGUCAACGCCUUUGCCGACGAGAUGGCCGCAAGUCCUCGUACGAAGCCUGGUACAACGCCCAGUUCCUUGUCCCCUAAAUCUGGUGCUAUGGUCCGUCGGGCCACUACACAGGGCGCUCCUAAUUCUAGCACAGGUGCACAGACUAGUGCGUCUCGAGCUGUUCAGAUUGCGUCCGGUCGUCCACUGCACCACCGCAACAAUUCGUACGAACGCCGAUAUGGUCCAAGCCCUUCCUCUGCCACCUCGGCCAUUUCCAAGGCUCUGAACAUGGCCAGUGGCCGCUUGUUUGGUAUCGGUUUUUCUCCACCUGUCAAUCUCGUGCGUGGAGGUAGGUCACCUCCCGGAGGCUACAGCCCGUUCCCCGUUCAGCCUGGCGCACAAAGCAGCCUCGUGGUGAUCGGCGACACAAGUAAGGCUACGCCUCUCGAUGAAGAUUCGCGCGUGGUACAAGCUGUGGAGGAGAUUGCAACUCGAAGCGACGUUGUUUAUGGCUUUGCUGAGGUCAAGUACAAGCAGCUUACGCCUGCCACGCCAUCAUCAAAUCAGGCCGGUCUAGGUCUCCGCGAUGCGGGCACGAAUGACGAACCGGAGAAUUACAGCGAUGAACUCACCAUUGAAGCCCUGGUCAUUGUAUCGGAGGAAGCACUGGUCUUGUAUGUCAAGUCGUGUGGACUUUUGGCGAAGGGCCUUCAUUUGGCAACUCGAUGGUGGGUACGCAAGCGGGACUCUACUGGUGAUGCGCUCAAUGGCAAGAACGCGGGUCAGGCUCAGCAGAGAAUGAACAACGUAGUCCAAUGGGCCCGGAAUCGAUUCAACGAGAUCCUGGAGAAGACUGAGCUUGUUCGGAUGAGGCUCAUCGACAGCCAAAAGCGACUGCCCGAGGAUCAUCCUAGCCACCCAAACAACAUCUCAGCUGAGACUGCGUCAAGUGGUGGCAUAGGAGGAUCGGCUGAGCAACUCAUAGUCGGUUCGGGUAUCACUGCAGAGAAGUUGAUGUAUGACAGGGCACUGGAAAUGAGUCGCUCGGCCGCCAUCAACGAGUUGACGGGUGAGGACCUUCCUGGCUGUGAGAUCUCGUACAUCACUGCCAUUCGCAUGCUCGAGGCUGUGCUUGAGAAUGACGAGGAACCACUUUCCAACCAGGCAGGAGCAAAUGAGGAUGAAGACAAGGAUAAUGACAUCCCAAUCAAUGGACUUGAGGCGGAGGAUAGGAAGACUGUCAAGGGCCUUGUGACUAGCAUCACAGGACGAUUGACGGCGCUGCGGAAAAAGCUACAGGUUAUCUCGAAGCGUUCCUCGGUGCCAUCGAUCCCCUCACCAAGCCGAGCUUCGCCACCCGUUGCUCAUCGAGCCAACAAUGCGAGCCUUCCGCCAGCAUCGCCGAAAUCCUAG